AUGGAUUCAAAUCAUAAGAAACAAAUUCUGACAAAACUCAAUCAAGCGUCAUCAUCCACCGGUUCUUCUGCACCACCUACUAAUUACAACCCGAUUCCAGAUGUAUUCAUACAUAAAAAAUAUUAUGAUAUUAUACCAAAAGAUCUGAUUUACGUGAAUGAUUGUUAUAUGGUUUCUGGAUUUAGAGAAUGGUUUACUUAUAUAUACAACAUUGAUGAAUUUUAUUAUCCACCAGAGAGUAGGACCCCACGUUAUAAUGCAAAAGGCAAAUAUGUCGCAAGAACUCCAGUAUACCGUUCAGGAGUAGUAGAAAAUUACGUACCAUUACAUAUUGUAGAAAAAUCUUAA